UGCAGAAGCCGAGCUCAUCGGACCAGCCUUGGAUAAGCACUCGACUCAUGUCGGAGGAGGAGGGCCGCACCUAUAAGGCGCUGCUGUGCGAGCGGCUGGGCGACCCUCAGGAGCAGCUGGGGAGGCCGCACAGCGCGCUGCGGGUGGCCCGCCUGCCCGCGCCGCCGCUCACCCACCCCAACUCGGUCCGCAUCCGGGUCGCCGCCGCAGCCCUCAACUUUGCAGACGCCCUGCAGCUGCAGGGGCAGUACCAGGAGAAGCCCAAGCUGCCCUUUGUGCCGGGCAGCGAGUGCAGCGGCACGGUGGUGGAGGUCGGCAGGGAUGUGCGCACGCUGAAAGUGGGGGACAAGGUGUGCGCGGUGACGCAGGGCGGGGCGUUUGGGGAGGAGGCGGUAGCCAGGGAGAACCUGGUGGUGAAGCUGCCGCCCAACUGCGACGUGGAAGCUGCGGCAGGGCUGCCGGUGGCGUACGGUACCGCCUACCUGGCGCUGCGGGACCGCGCAGACCUGCGGCCAGGCCAGACGAUCCUGGUGCUGGGCGCGGCGGGCGGCGUGGGGCUGGCGGCGGUGCAGCUGGCCAAGUGCAUGGGGGCGCGGGUGAUUGCGGUGGCGCGGGGCUUCAACAAGAUGCAGGCACUGAGGGAGGCGGGGGUGGACGAGGUGAUUGACAUGCAGCACCACAAGCCGGAGCAGCUCAAGGGGCUGCUGCGCCACAGCGCGCCGCAAGGCGUGGAUGUUGUGUUUGACCCCGUGGGCGGCGCGCUGCUGAGCGAGUCGCUCAAGUGUGUGCGCUGGGGGGCCCGAAUCCUGAUCAUCGGCUUCGCCUCAGGCUCCAUCCCCAAGCUGCCCGCCAACAUCCUGCUGGUGAAGAACCUAGCGGUACACGGCAUCUACUGGGGCAGCUACCAGCAGCACAACCCGCGCGUGUUCAGGAAGAGCCUGGAGGAGGUGGCGCGCCUGUUUGGCAGCGGCGAGGUGGCGGUGUCGGUCAGCCACCGCUUCUCCUUGGAGCAGGCGCCAGAGGCCUUCUCCAUCAUGCUCAACCGCCAGGUGAUUGGCAAGAUCCUGCUGCUGCCCCAGCCGCGGUCGAUGCUCUGAGCCGGAGCCGGUUCCACCCCUCUUCUUCAGCCCCCCUCGAUUGAUAGAUCAUAGCUAGCUUCUCUCAAACAGUUCACAUUUGAUUGUGUACGCACAGUGUUAUUUUGAUGGCCUCAUGACGUUGUAAAGAUAGGAAGGAC